UGAAGUGGCUUCCGGACUCCGGACUUAUGUUAUGCUAUACAGCCCAGAUCUGUGAGGUCCCACUUGAUUCAGGUGGCCAGUGAUAUAGCAGCAUCUAAAGCGUCAUGAACAAGUUCGUUUUCCUCGCAGGACUAAGCCUCCUGCUGUGCAUUAACAUCGCUGCCUCCACUAAGCUGGUGUGCUACUUCACCAACUGGUCCCAGUAUAGACCCGGCACUGGGAAAUACCUUCCCGAAAAUGUGGACCCACACCUCUGUACCCAUUUGAUUUAUGCCUUUUCCGUCAUUGACCAUAACAAUGAGAUUACUACCUAUGAGUGGAAUGAUGACACUCUCUACAGAUCCUUUAAUGCUCUAAAACAGAGAAACCCACAACUCAAGACACUACUAGCUGUUGGUGGUUGGAACUUCGGAACAAGCCAGUUCACCAUCAUGGCUUCUACUUCUUACAAUCGGCAGCGAUUCAUCCAAUCCACCAUCAGGUUCCUGCGUACCUAUGGCUUUGAUGGGCUGGACCUGGACUGGGAGUAUCCUGGGGCUCGAGGGAGCCCCCCAGAGGACAAACCGAUAUUUACAGUACUGUGCAAGGAGAUACUUGCAGCUUAUGAGCAAGAAGCGAUUGACACCAGACGUCCAAGGCUGAUGUUCACAGGUGCGGUGGCAGCCGGAAAGGGAAACAUCGAUGCUGGUUACGAGAUCAGCGAGAUCGCCAACUACCUGGACUUUAUCAAUGUGAUGACCUAUGACUUUCAUGGAGCCUGGGACAACUUCACCGGACACAACAGCCCUCUGUACCAGGGCUCCGCUGACAACGGGGAGCACAUCUACUUCAACACUGAUUUUGCCAUGAGGUAUUGGCGAGACCAAGGUUUUCCAGUAGAGAAGCUGAUGAUGGGAUUCGCCACGUAUGGACGCACGUUCCGCCUGACAUCACCUGAUGACGGAGUUGGAGCUCCAGCUAGCGGGGCAGCUUCUGCCGGCCAGUACACCAGGGAGGCCGGCUUCUGGUCCUACUACGAAAUUUGCUCUUUCCUUCACGGAACCAACCUUCAAUGGAUUGAGGAGCAGAAGGUUCCCUUUGCCACCAAGGGGAAUGAGUGGGUGGGGUUUGACACCAAGGAGAGCUAUGACACCAAGGUUCGCUAUCUUAAGGACGGUCAUUUUGGAGGGGCUUUCGUUUGGGCUGUUGACCUGGAUGACUUUGCGGGGCAGUUCUGUGGACAGGGACCCUAUCCUCUGAUCAACCACUUGCGCAGUCUCCUUAACACAGAGUUGCCUCCCCUGCCGAGCUCGGCUCCAGUUACAAUCGCUCCCAGCGAACCCUUACCAACCACUGCUGCCCCCCCAUCUGAAAGUGGCUUCUGCGCGGGCAAACAUGACGGACUCUACGCUAACGUGGAGGAUGCCUCCACGUUUUACCAGUGCUCCGGUGGACACACCAUCCUCCAUACUUGUAAUGAUAACCUGGUUUUCAAUGAAUCAUGCAGCUGCUGUGACUGGAAAAAGAAUUAAAAUAAUAAACAAAUAAACU